ACAAAUGGUAUAGAUAGGAAUGUAAAGUUCAUUUUAAUCUACAUAUUUUUAUGAGAACUUCAAUUUUUUGCUAUUGUUAGAAACAUUAAGUGAUUAAUAACAAGAUCUUUAAUAUAUUGCGAAUAUUGGAAAUUUUGUGUAAGAAUAAUAUUUUCUUUCUUACUGGCCAUCAAUUUCACGAAAUUAGUUAAACAGUGAUUUCGAUGAAAUGAAUAGUAUUGGCGAUAAUUGUACGGAGUUGAAAAAGCAGUAUGAUGCUUGCUUUAAUGUUUGGUUUACAGAAAAAUUUUUAAAAGGACAAACAGAUGAUUCCAUGUGCGCUCCUAUUUUCAAAGUUUAUCAAGAGUGUGUAAAGAAAGCGCUGAAAGAUCAAAGCAUUGAAUUUAAAGAUAUUGAAGGAGAUUACUUAUCUUCCGGAUUUAAAGCAACUCGAGGAGCAGAACCAAGCUGACAUAACUCUUUGAGUAAAAGCUCCAGAAGAAGUACUAUUUAACUAAAGAAUGUUUUAUGCGAUGAUAAACUACGUUUUGGUGUAUAUUUUGGAAGGUUUCAUUUGUUUGGACGAUGUAAGAUAAAAUUCAAAUAUAAAUGAAGCAAUGUAA